ACUGCAAUUUCGAUACAAACGAAGCCGCCAGCCUGCUAGCUUCCAUAGACUCUUUCUUUCAUUCAUUCUUUCUUUUCUCCGUUUCUCUCAUUUUCAUCUCUCACGUACUUGCGUCCUCCUCCUCUAAACUUCCGCCAAAUACAAGGGCGAUCUCCCCAACGCUUUAUACUUACAUCGCUGGACGGACUAUAACCAUUUUCCUUCCAACGCCUUCUAUUCGUCCUUGUAAUCUCAUCAUUCUUUCUCUCGAACACUCGUUUGUUUUUUGGUUCACUGAACAGCGAUCGAAACAGUAGAAUGGCUCAUGUGGUGGCGACCCAGCCAAUUCAGAGUUCGUUGGCCAACCCUACCUCUGGAUCUCUGCAAACCCAAGUGGAGAAGCUCAAGCCCCCCUCUGCCUUUCCUGCGAAACUGCUGCCCCGUGUUCAAAGGGACAGCCGCCCAGCCGCCCGCACUAUUGCUAUCCCCGUCAUUGCCAGAAGAUCUGCAGGCCUCGACUCUCAAGUCCUUCCCUUCACUCCCGAAGACUCCCACAAGACAGAAGAGCAUAUUCAACCCUUGCAUGAGAUUCAGCAAUUUGGUGACACAUCACUUGGCAUGUGGUCUAAGCCUAUAGUAAGACGCAAGACAAAAAUUGUUUGCACAAUUGGUCCCUCCACCAACACUAGGGAAAUGAUAUGGAAGUUGGCUGAGGCUGGGAUGAAUGUUGCUCGUCUGAACAUGUCCCACGGAGACCAUGCAUCUCAUCAAAAAGUAAUUGACUUGGUUAAAGAAUACAAUGCCCAAGCAAAGGACAACGUCAUUGCCAUUAUGCUUGAUACUAAGGGUCCAGAGGUUAGGAGUGGUGAUUUGCCCCAGCCAAUCAUGUUACAACCUGGACAGGAGUUCACCUUUACAAUCAAGAGAGGGGUGGGAACUGCUGAUUGUGUUAGUGUUAACUACGACGAUUUUGUCAAUGACGUUGAAGUAGGGGACAUGCUUCUUGUUGAUGGGGGCAUGAUGUCACUGCUGGUAACAUCCAAGACAGAAGAUUCAGUGAAAUGUGAAGUUGUUGAUGGUGGAGAGCUUAAAUCCAGGCGGCAUCUAAACGUUCGGGGAAAAAGUGCUACACUUCCAUCAAUUACUGAAAAGGACUGGGAUGACAUCAAGUUUGGAGUAGACAAUAAAGUAGAUUUCUAUGCUGUCUCCUUUGUCAAGGAUGCUGCAGUGGUCCAUGAAUUGAAGAAUUAUCUCCAAAGCUCUGGUGCAGAUAUUCACGUGAUUGUAAAGAUUGAAAGUGCUGACUCUAUACCAAACUUGCACUCAAUUAUUACUGCAUCUGAUGGGGCAAUGGUUGCAAGAGGAGAUCUCGGUGCUGAGUUGCCAAUUGAGGAGGUUCCCCUGUUGCAGGAAGAAAUAAUCAGGAUAUGCCGUAGUAUGGGGAAAGCUGUUAUCGUGGCAACAAAUAUGCUUGAAAGCAUGAUUGUUCACCCGACACCUACCCGAGCUGAGGUAUCAGAUAUUGCCAUUGCUGUUAGAGAGGGUGCCGAUGCAGUUAUGCUCUCUGGAGAAACAGCUCAUGGAAAGUUUCCUUUGAAAGCAGUAAAGGUCAUGCACACUGUUUCAUUGCGCACUGAAGCAACCAUGGUUGGUGGAGAAAGACCGCAUAAUCUGGGUCAAGCUUUCAAGAAACACAUGAGUGAAAUGUUUGCAUUCCAUGCAACAAUGAUGUCCAACACCCUCGGAACCUCAAUCGUUGUCUUUACCAGGACUGGUUUCAUGGCUAUCCUUCUAAGCCAUUACCGGCCUUCUGGCACCAUAUUUGCGUUUACGAAUGAGAAGAGAGUACAACAGAGGUUGGCUUUGUACCAAGGUGUUUGUCCCAUUUACAUGGAGUUCAUGGAUGAAGCUGAGACGACCUUCUCUAAUGCAUUGACUUUGUUGCAGAAACAAGGAAUGGUGAAGGCAGGAGAACAAGUAGCUCUUGUACAGAGUGGUACGCAACCAAUCUGGCGGUUGCAUUCCACUCAUAACAUUCAGGUCAGGAAAGUUUAGAUUGGAUAAAGGAGAUAUCAUGGGAUGACUCGUACGAGAAGCAUGACUUCACUUAGGGAAGAUUGCGAUGUACCAGUCAUCAUCUGCUGGCGCCGUAACUUUGUUCUAAAUGUGCAUUAGACUCCUUUUAUUUGUUACUUAUAUUUUUCUCUUCUCCUGCCCCUUGUAUUUUUCCGUUUCCUUUUACCAGUCCUUGCCGAUUCCUCUAUAAAGAACCCCCAAAUGGUUGCUUGUAAUCUGUUGUUAGCAAGUUUCUUCAAGCUUGUAAUGGAUUUAUAGAUUUAAGAUGGAUGCUAUGAACUUUUUAAUCCAUGAAAUAUUUUUUUUCCGA